UUUACACAAAGCAUCAUCUUCCUAAAACAAUAAUAACCAUUAAACUCCAAACAAUCUGGGCAUACAUCCAAUUAAUGGCUAUCAGUGUGUUCCCAUCAUCAUCGAUAUCAUCAAAUUAUGGCAGCCAUUAUUAUUGUCAUUUUCACAGCUCAACCAUAAUCCAACAAAAAAGUAGAAGAAAGCCCAACAUGAUGAUGAGAGUAAGAAUGAUGACAGUGUCAUAUGAAGAAGGAAAACUCGAAAGACCAAACUGGGCUGGUGAAACCCCUCUUUCUCGCCUUGUUGCUUCUCUUAUUUCUUUCAAACCUUUGUAUUCUUUGAUGAAAUUUGGCGCCAGACAGGUCCUCAUCAGUACGGCUGAGAAAAACGAUGUACCAUGGCGUCUUAUGACAAAGGAAAUUUUGGAAUCGGAUGUUUACAAGGAAAUGGAGACCACUUUGAAUCCGUCUAUAGUAUACCCUGACUAUUAUCUCAAUCCUUUCCAUGCAUAUGAUGAAGGCAAUCUGUCUUGGCUGGCUGCUGCAGAAGCUGAGGCUGCAACUUUGUCAAUUGCAAAACGGGCACUACCUGAUGCGUCUUCAAUCAAUGAAGCAAUGGAAAUAAUUCGUGGAAAUUGGCUCAAUGCUAUGGAGCAACAUCAUCAACAGUAUUCUGGAAACUUAGAAAUUAGGGACAUCCUUGAUAUUGGUUGCUCUGUGGGUGUAAGCACAAGAUAUCUUGCUGAUAAAUUUCCUAAUGCUAAACUUACCGGUCUAGAUUUAUCACCAUACUUCCUAGCAGUAGCUAAAUACAAGGAAAAAAAAAGUCCUCAAACAUCUAGCAAAUUCCAGUGGAUACAUGCGAAUGGUGAAGAUACAGGCUUGGAAUCAAAAUCAUUCGACAUGGUUUCAAUUGCUUACGUGCUUCAUGAAUGCCCAGCAAGGGCUAUUAAAAAUUUGGUAAAAGAAGCAUUUCGGCUGCUUCGUCCUGGAGGAACCUUUGCUAUAACUGAUAACUCGCCCAAGUCUAAGAGACUUCAGGAACUCUCGCCUGUUCUUUUUACGUUAAUGAAAAGCACAGAGCCUUUUUUGGACGAAUACUACUUGCUCGAUUUGGAAAAAGCUGUCGAGGAUGCUGGUUUUGUGAACGUGCAAACGACUCUUACAGAUCCUAGGCAUCGGACUCUGACUGCCACUGUGCCUUAUUGACAUGCCAUCUUAUUUGGUUAUACUUACACUUGUGAUUAUGAUAGACGGUAACUGGCAUUAUAAAAUGUGGGUUAUCAAGUGCUAGAAUGUGGUUGGGUUUUGUCUUGUAAAGAUAACUUAGUUGAUUGGAGGCAAAAAUUGGAUAUAAAAAUGACAGAUUUGGCCACAGAAAUCACAAUGUUUGAUCGAUAAAGGUGGCAAAAGUCAAAACACUGAAUUUAACAGUGUUUUUGUGGUCUUUUGAGAUUGCUCGUUUAUAUAUGUACUCGUACUUAUCUUGCUCGCUGCUUAUUUUUAAGUUAAAAUGGCAAAAUGUGCCAUUUAAAUGACAUGUAAAGUGUAAAUUUGUCACUUAUUUCCUUUUUCUUUUAAAUUUUUUGUAGAGUUAAUUGA